UGAGUGAUGCGCUGAAUUCUUGACAGCAUUUUGUCAGCGCUCCGCAUCUUUUGAACAUACGAAUCCGGCGACACUGACUCAAAACAAAAGAUUAUUUUUGCAAACGUUUUCGUAAAAGAAUUGAAACAACCGAAAAGAAAUGGCAGAAGACGAUCAGAUGCAAAUUAUUUCCGUCAAGGAGCCGCUUGAUCUGAUUCGAUUAAGUUUGGACGAGAAAAUCUAUGUGAAGAUGCGUAAUGAACGUGAACUUAAGGGCAGACUUCAUGCAUUCGAUCAACAUUUGAACAUGGUACUCGGAGAUGCCGAAGAAACCGUCACAACUGUUGAAAUCGAUGAAGAGACCUACGAGGAAGUCUACAAGACGACAAAACGUACAAUCCCAAUGCUGUUUGUUCGAGGCGAUGGAGUCAUACUGGUGUCUCCACCGAUGAGAGUUGGCGGAUAAACGAAACAACAUUUCGGCGAACCAGAUUCGUAGUUUAAUUUUAAGCUUCCACUUGACUUAAUGUUAAUUUCAGUUAAGAAUAUACCUGCUGAGUGAAUGAACCACAUACAAUUGAGUCAACAACAAAA